CCCAGCUGGAAGUGGGUCUGAAUGGGAGAGCGAGACUUCCACCUCCUGUAUACUGUGGCCUUGGAAAUCCCCUUCAUGCCUGAGAUUCAGAGCUCAUUGGGUUCAGAUGACAGGAAGAGCUACUGGGAGAGCCAGAGGGAAGGGGAGGGUGUGGUUUGACCUACUCCAGAGAAUCACAGCUUCCUUAAGAGCAGAUUGAAGGGGGAAUACUUUAAUGCAAUUUAAUCAAAAUGAACUGCUUGUGAGGAAUUCAACUCUGUGUAGAUAGAUGAGCACUGGGGAUCUGAGAGCCACCAAAUUCAACAUGGUGUAGACAGAUGACCACUCUCUCUCUCUCUCUCUCUCUCUCUCUCUCUCUCUCUCUCUCUCUCUCUCUCUCUCUCUCUGUCCUCCCCCCUCAGAUUUUCUCUGCAAACCUCAAGAUGUCUCAGACCCCCAAGUCAGCUGCCAGCCAGGGCACCCCUGCGCCCAACCCUGCCGGCAAGGCCACCAAGACUGGGGAGCCCAGCAUGGGGUCCUACAAGAUAAUCGUCUAUGAACAAGAGAACUUCCAGGGCCGUUACAUGGAGUUCCAGAACGAGUGUGUGAACCUGAGUGACCACGGCUUCGACAGAGUGCACAGUGUGCGCAUCGAGUGCGGACCCUGGGUUGCCUUCGAGCAGAAUAAUUUCCGCGGGGAGAUGUUUAUCCUGGAGAAGGGAGAGUAUCCUCGCUGGGACAGCUGGUCCAACAGCUACAGGAGCGACUGCUUCAUGUCCUUCCGCCCACUCUGCAUGGACAACCAGGAGCACAAGAUCUGCCUGUUCGAGUCCACUGACUUCAAGGGAAACACGAUGGAGAUCCACGAGGACGACGUGCCCAGCCUGUGGGCCUACGGGUUCUGUGACCGAGUGGGCAGCGUGAGGGUACCCGGUGGAACCUGGGUAGGCUACCAGUAUCCUGGCUACAGAGGGUACCAGUACCUGAAUGCCUCCACGGCGGUGUACGGGACCCGCAACACGUCCCAGGAGACCUUCUUCCAGCAGCUUGCGUCUCCACCGAGGAACUCGGGCGUCCCCAACCCCCAGGACAGCGCCUUCGCUCUGCCGGGGAAAGCCAAGCAGAAGCUGCUGAAGCAUGGGGUCAACCUGCUGUGA